UGUCGUGCCCUCGGGGAUGUGACGGGGAUCGGGACAGAGAGGAUCCGAAAUGUCAGUGCCACGUGGCAGAAUGUGGGAGACCGACAUCGUCCCCCUCCUCCGAGCUUCCUUCUUCCCCUCGCGUUCGUUCACGUAAGUACUACCGCUGGGGAAACGGAGCGUCGUCACCGGAGCUGACGGCGAGCGAUCACGCCGGCAUUGUGAGGACACGUUCAAAUGGCGAAGUCGAGCGCCGACGACGAGGAGCUGCGGCGGGCCUGCGAGGUGGCGAUCGAGGGGACGAAGCAGAAGGUCGUGAUGUCAAUCCGCGUCGCCAAGAGCCGCGGGACAUGGGUCAAGGCCGGCAAGCUCGGCCGCGGCCACAUGGCAAAGCCCAGGGUCCUCGCCCUCUCCACAAAAGUAAAAGGCCAACGAACUAAAGCUUUUCUUCGGGUUCUUAAAUAUUCAACAGGAGGAGUUCUAGAGCCUGCAAAGUUAUACAAACUGAAGCAUCUUUCCAAGGUUGAGGUUAUUGCUAACGACCCUAGUGGAUGCACGUUUAUGCUGGGAUUUGAUAAUCUUAGGAACCAGAGUGUUUCUCCCCCUCAGUGGACAAUGCGGAAUAUGGAUGACAGGAAUCGUCUUCUACUUUGCAUCUUAAAUAUCUGCAAGGAUGCAUUGGGCCGCAUUCCAAAAGUAGUUGGUAUGGAUGUUGUUGAAAUGGCUCUCUGGGCUAAGGAUAAUACACCCACAGUUCCCAAAGUUGCAGCUCAAAAGAGUGUCCCCGACAACCAUGCAGAUGCUACAGUGAUAGAAGAUGAUCUGAAUGUUACUGUUGAGAGGGAACUGGUCUCACAAGCGGAAGAAGAGGAUAUGGAGACUCUUUUGGGCACUUAUGUUAUGGGCAUUGGAGAAGCUGAGGCAUUCUCUGAGAGGUUGAAGCGGGAGCUCCAUGCUUUAGAGGCAGCAAAUGUGCAUGCCAUACUGGAAUGUGAACCAAUGAUAGAUGAGGUAUUGCAAGGACUUGAGGUAGCAGCAAACUGUAUUGAGGAUAUGGAUGAAUGGUUAGGCAUCUUCAAUGUUAAACUUAGACAUAUGAGGGAGGAUAUCCAAUCGAUAGAGACCCGCAAUAACAAGUUGGAGCUGCAGUCGGUGAAUAAUAGAUUACUUACGGAGGAAGUUGAUAGGCUUCUCGAACGGUUGCGCAUACCUCCCGAGUAUGUAGCAUUGUUAACAGGAGGUUCUUUUGGCGAGGCUCAUAUGCAACAAAAUUAUGAAGCAUGUGAGUGGUUACUCGGCGCUUUGAAAGGCCUUGAAGCGACAAAAAUGGAUCCUGCCUUUGCAAAAAUGCGAGCUGUUAAGGAGAGAAGAGGAGAAUUGGAGAUACUGAAGUCUAAUUUUAUCCACAGUGCUUCGGCUUUUCUGAGGAACUACUUUGCUGGUUUGGUGGACAAUAUGUUAGCCGAUAAGAACAGUUUUUCUCAGAGAGGACAAUUAAAGAGGCCCGACCAUGCUGAUUUGCGGUUCAGAUGUAGAGUAUAUGCUCGUCUAUUACAACAUUUAAAGAAACUUGAUAAGAACUGCCUUGUUCCCCUGCGAAAAGCGUACUGCGGCUCCUUUAACUUUCUUUUCCGUCGGGAGGUAAAAGAGUUCUCAAAUGAGCUCCGUGCAAGUACAAAAGCACCAAAAAAUGCAACUCUGCAAUGGCUUGAAGGCCCCACAGGAUCGAGCCAUGGAGGGAACCCUCCGGAUAGCUCCAUGGUUGCCGAGGCUUAUUCCAAAAUGUUGACAGUUUUUGUUCCGCUUCUUGUGGAUGAGAGCUCUUUCUUCGCACAUUUCAUGUGCUUCGACGUUCCUACUCUUGUCCCAGCUGGAAACGACAGCAGUGGCCAUAAAUCCAUGGACUCGAAUGAUGAUGAUCUAGGUAUCAUGGACAUUGAUGACAAUGACAGUAAAGGAGGUAAAAAUCCUGCAGAACUGGCAGCGCUUAAUGAAGCUCUUCGAGAUUUGCUUGAUGGUGUUCAAGAGGACUUUUAUGCUGUUGUGGACUGGGCAUGCAAAAUAGAUCCUUUACGCUGCAUAUCAUUGCAUGGGAUAACGGACCGAUAUAUUUCCAGUCAGAAGGCUGAUGCUGCUGGGUUUGUACGUCUCUUGCUUGAUGACCUAGAAGGAAGGAUAUCUAUGCAAUUUGGCCGAUUCGUCGAUGAAACUUGUCACCAGAUCGAAAGAAAUGAGAGAACUGUUCGGCAGACAAAUGUAUUGCCAUACAUCUCAAGAUUUGCUACCCUGGCAACUCGUAUGGAGCAGUACAUUCAGGGACAGAACAGAGAUCUUGUCGAUCAAGCAUAUACCAAACUAGUUAGCAUUAUGUUUGUUACCUUGGAGAAAGUUGCUGAGACGGACCUGAAAUAUGCCGACAUAUUCCUGUUAGAGAAUUACGCAGCAUUUCAAAACAGCCUUUACGAUUUAGCAAAUGUUGUCCCUACUUUGGCCAAAUUUUAUCAUCAAGCCAGCGAAGCUUAUGAACAAGCCUGCUCACGCCACAUCAGCAUGAUCAUAUACUACCAAUUUGAAAGGCUUUUCUCAUUUGCUCGUAGAAUCGAGGAUUUGAUGUCUACAAUAGCGCCAGAAGAGAUUCCUUUCCAAAUUGGAUUGUCAAAAAUGGAACUCCGAAAGAUGUUGAAGUCCAGCUUAUCCGGAGUCGACAAGUCAAUAAGUGCCAUGUACAAGAAGUUGCAGAAGAAUCUGAACUCAGAGGAAUUGUUGCCUUCACUAUGGGAUAAAUGCAAGAAGGAGUUCCUGGACAAGUAUGAAAGCUUUGGACAACUUGUUGCAAAGGUCUAUCCGAGUGAGAACAUUCCUUCAGUGGCUGAGAUGAGAGAUCUGCUAGCAUCCAUGUGAAAUGAAAAUGCAGAAAAAUAAAAUAUAGGUUUUUUUAUUUUUUUAUUUUAUAUUCUAUAGAUGACAUCAUGAAAUUGGAAGAGAGAUUUUUCGGCCCCUUUAAUAAAAUUUUGAUGUCUAUUAAUUACAUCAUUUUCAGUCUUUGUUAUGUAUUUGGUUAUUUCUUUUUCUUCUCUUUUAUUCUAUUCUGGUUGUAUUAGCAUUGAGUUUGAAUAAUGAAUGAAUGAAUGAGAUGCUUUAGAUUUUCACGGAUUA